GGUUUCUUCUCCCGCUGUCCCGCAUCGAUCCCUUUUCUGCUGCUUCUGUUCGCCACCACCGUGGUCAACAACACCUAGGGUUUUCUUCGCCCGCGCGCGUCGAUCCCCUUUUCCCCUGCUCCUUUUCCGGUCCUCUUCGCUGCUGCCGUGCUCCACCGUGUCCUCCAUCUUGGGCUCCUUGGUGUCGACCAUGCGGCUGGCGAGCGGGUGCACGUUCACCACCGGCUGGAUGCAACACCUCGCCGCCUCCGUCCUCCGGCGACCGCCGAGAGGCAGUGCGAGAAGGGAGGAGGAGAGCUCGCCCGAGGGGUAGGGAGGGCAAGGAGAGGAGGGGAAGAUGGUUAGCUUUUCUGCAUCGCCCCCUUUCAUCUCUCUCGCCCUCUCCUGUGCGAUGCGCCGCCGUUGCUGCCUCCUGCUCUCCUCUCUACGCCGCUGCCGUUCACCGCUCGAAGGGGAUGUUGUGGAUGCCGUUCACUCCUUGCUACGCCGACGCUGACGCCCGCUCGAAGGGGAGGCCGUGGGUGCCCAAUCCGGCAGCCACGACCUCCUUGCUGCCAGAUCUGGUCACCCGAAGUGGAGGGCAAGCGCUAGCAGUGUCGACGCCGGAUGGUGUUCCCCAGCGGUGAGCUCCACAGGUGAUGGCCCUGCUCACCCACGCUUCUUUUUUUACACUUUCCCUCUUUCUCUGAUCCAGGGUCGUUGGCUAUGUUGAGCUCAUUGGUGGCGACAGUAGCAGCUCAGCAGCAAUGGGAGAAGACACGCAGGAGGCCAAAGCCUUGAUGAUUGCCAUUGUUCCCCACCUCCACCGGUGGUGACCUACCCCGCACCCUAUUUACCGCCGUGCGCACUGCUGCCUCACCUCAUCCUCCCCUCAUCUACUCCUGCUGGUGGCUGCUGCUGCAGUUUUCUUGAUGGAAUUUAUCAAACUCUCUCGGAUACUUUCCCCUCUAUCUUAUUUCUUACAAUCAUUUAUAAUGAUUUAGUUUUGAGGAUUUAGAUGGCGUGUUUACCAUUUUAUCUACUGACGAUUCUACAAUCGAACCAAUGCAGGGUGUGAUGAUACAUUAAUUAUACCACGCUUGAGAUGGUUGUUGGCCACGUCACAAAAUAAAGACCAGAUGGUUAAACCUGGAAUUCUUGUCUCCUCGGUGCCUUUCCUGACCUUUUGUGCAUAGUAUUAUAUUUCUCUUUCGUGUAAACUACUCCUGGGAGCUAUUGUUCAAUUCUUGUGUGGACCAUGAAGGGAGUUUAUGACUAGAUUGGUACAAAAAUUUGCAUGCAAUGUACCUUAUACUUUAUGCAUUACUUUUACUUCAUUUUCUACAGAGUGAUAGGAUCUAAGAUUAUAAUCCUAUUUUUUUACUCUUCUACUGAAUGUCACAGUGACUUGGUAUUCAUUUUGCAAAGUACUAUGCAUAUUGGUUCAUAAUAGGUUGCAUCUUACGAAACCUGGAAAGCAAUUUACCUAAAGCAAACAAGAUCAGCCAUGAAACACUAAUGGGUUGUGCAAAAUACACAACUAUGCAACCACAAGGUUAGUUCUAAUUUUUCCCUUUGACAUUACCUUUGUCAACGCUUAUUGUUAUUAGGCCGUCAUGAAACUAAAAACUCCUACCAUGGAAUUUCUUCUACAUAUUCCCAUUUAUAAUCUAUAUAUGAUGCCCUUCUUUGCUAUGUUGUCUUAUUUUGCAAAAUUUCUAGCUUUUUGUAUAGGUUAGGCAUGAGGUGACCAUAACCAUGGUUGUGGAACAAUAACCAUUUGAAUCAAAAUUGACUUCUUUUGGUGGGCAGGUGUUUGUUGGAAUUAAGAGCGAUGGUUGUAGGUUGAGGCUUUAGUAUUCUGUUCUUAAUGUCUUCGUCAAUAGUUAAAAUUACCUCUACAUCAACCUAUAGACGUCAGUAGUCCAAGCAGUUUGGAUAACCCUUGUCAUCAAAGCCGCCACCCGCAUCUGUUCAUUGCGCACCCAACCAGCCAGGUCUGCCCCUGCAUCUGUUCAUUGCUGUCCUGCCAGGUACUCUCGCCUGCGCUGGCCGCUCCUGGCUGGGCGCUUGCGCCGUGUGGGCUGCUUGCCAGUGUUGGUUGACAAAUGUGCAUUGCGAAGAUUAAGCCUGUGCAGGAGUACCACCUUCUUGCAUACAAAGACGUUCACUCCUGACUUUGGGAUAUUAUGGUUCAAGGCUUCCAGGCUUCUAGCUGAGUGGUCCUCUUUGCAAUGUUUUAUCACUGCGGCUGGGCCGGGGCGGCACAGACUACGAUGGCUGCGGCGGACUCCGGCUUGAAUGGCCUGUCUCCGCCACCGAAUCCGCGCCGCCUGCGCCUCCGCCUGCGCCUGUCUCCGCCUGCCUCGCGCCGCCUGCGCCUGCGCCUCCGCCUGCCUCGCGCCGCCUGCGCCGCUGCUCGCAGGUGCGUCUUAUUUACUAGGGAGCACUAGUUCAGCAUCCGAUGGCACCAAGAAAGAUAGUCGGCAGCCGGGAGGCUGCGGCGGCAGUGGCGCUAGCUCGCUCAUCAGCCUCCUCCCACUGCUCAGUCGUCUGCUCCAGCACUAUCGACCCCCGGCGGCGGUGGAAAACCCGCGGACAUAAGGUGCCUUUUUUCUGUUCCCCUUCCUCUCCCAUCUUCAUGCUUCUUCCGUCGCAUUUAGCCACCAGCUCAUUUAGGCCUUGUUCGGCUGGGGUGGAUUUAUUUCGGGAUCGGGAUUGAUUCCAAGGAUAGAUAGAGGCAAUGACUCAGGGAAGUUUUCAGCCAGCGAAGUUUUUGCACACCAUUUAUCUUGCCAGAAGCAAGUCUUCCUCCCAUCCCCUGCAGGUAUACCGGUUUAACUUUCACUAGAUCAUUCCACAUAGGGGAAUAUCUAUGUCUGUCUUUGAGAAGCCAUUUCUCUGAGCCAUGCUGAUCAUUUUUGCUAGAGAGUCAGCAGCUAGAUCAUUCCACAUAGGGGAAUAUCUAUGUCUGUCUUUGAGAAGCCAUUUCUCUGAGCCAUGCUGAUCAUUCCACUGGUUUAACAUUUAUCCUUCAGAUGUUCUUAGUGAUCAUAAACUGUAUUUACCCAUACCUGAUGUAUAUUGCCUGAAACUUGUAAAAAAACUACAGGAAAACAAUGGUAGCUCCAAAAAUGGUAACUGUGGUAAGUAUCAAUUUAAGCACAUGUAAUGUCUAUACAUGUUUUAUAUUGUCAACGUUCACCAUAUCUUCUAUUGUGUCCAGAAUGAACUGUUGGGUUUAACCCAAAUCAGAGGCUAUGUGGAAAAGGAGUUGUCUAACCUAGCCAAAAAGAAGCAGAUAUUUGUCCCUAUCCUCGUUCGAGCUUUGGAUGGUUCUGGUUUACAUUGGUACUUGCUCGUGGUGGACAUUGAGAAUGGAAUAAGGUAUAUACUGGAUUCCCUUCCAUCACGGGGCACUAGAAGUGCGACGGAAACUGUGCUAUCGGCGUUGGAAAAAUAUUUUGCGAAGGGGGGACAUAUUGAUUUUUCUUCAUUCAGCACUAAAACACCAAACCUUAAGAGCCAAACGAAUGGAUCCGAUUGUGGAUUCUAUAUGCUGCUGUAUAUGGAACGAUUUGGUAGAAUGAAAAUAGAUGACAUCAAUGAGAAUGAUGUAUUAAUGUAUCGCAAAAAACUUGUGAAGGACAUAUAUGAGAAUCCUAACAACAAUCCUAAGGAUGUAAGUGACGAGGUCAUAGCUCAAGAUGAAUAUCACAUUUUGGACGACACCAUAUGUUUGUCACCACCCCCUUCAGAUUUGCGAAAUUCCCCUCCACGCCCAAAUCUGACAGUAUCCCCCAUGAGUCAUGAAGAUGGGCGUAAUGAUGGCCCUCUGCCACCAUCCUCACCAGGGACAAGCGAUGGUAACAAGAAUCUGGAAGAUGCCCAACCCCAAGAGGAGGCUGACAGAUCCAGUGUGGGAAUAGCAGAAAAUGCCGAGGCAGGCAACCAGGCGAAUCAUGCGAGGACAAGCGAUGGUAACCAGAAGCUGGACGAUGCCCAAGCUCAAGGGAAGGCCAACAGAUCCAGUGAGGGAAGUUCCCUGGAUACAAGAACAGACAAUGAACGCUCAAGGACAAGCGAUGAUGAGGCUGGAGGCAACGAGGUGGAUGAAGGUGAAAAAGGGGUGCCAUCAUCCCCACCACGCAGAGAACAAAAUCCAUCCCAUGCCCUCGAUAAAGACAUAGUUUAUUAUUCUAGAAAGAAGAAAGAGAAGAAAAGGAAAGAGAAGAGCAGGUCAAGCUUGGAUAAUGACUUAAUUCAACUGGGCAAGAGGUGCCGAAUUGCAACUACCAGGACUGCUAUAAAGACUACUAGACGCGAGUGGCCUGAUGAUGCGAUAGUUAAAGAGGUUUAUGAGCUUGCCACUGAUUGUAAGGAACAAGUAAUAUUGAAUUUCGGAGCUAUCGCAAUGACUGGUUCUGAAAUAGAACAGUCGUUCCAGAAAGUUGAGUGUGCCGGGGAUAUUAUCUCAUUAUUUAUUAAAUACCUGGAGAACAAUACGUAUCCUGAUGACAGCAGGAUCUUUGUCCCACCACUAUACAAGGGCAAAGGAGGUAUGAAGAAAAAGAUUAAAGAUGCACUCGGUGGAUCCAACGAAAAGAAAUCAGCAGUGGAGUUUCCUCAUCGAUUUAUAUACUGCCCUGUCUUAUUUCUCUGGUGAAUGGAUUGUGGUCUGUUUCCAACUGAAGAAUAUGAAACAGAUCGGUAUUCUUUGCAACAACGGUGGCGACGAAAUUAAAAAUUUCGCUUUGGAUUUGGGAAAGAAAUUAAACAAAGUCUUAGGAGACUGCAACUACAAAACAGUGUCAUUUGAUGAAAAAUCUCUGUCAUUUUUUCCGUCUUGUGUACAGCCCAAUGACAGUGUGUUCGCAGCCAUGUAUUUUCUUGAACAUUUCAUAGGUGUGGCAGGAGUGCUCAACAAGCUGACUUGGGAUGAAAAGAUGCGGGAUCAAUACAUUAAAUCUUACAGUCGAGGGAUUUUGACAUGCCUUAUCCAGCACAAGGAAAACACUGCAGAUGUGCCUGAUGGAAUUUUAGCAUUGCUCGAAUAGCUAUCUAGAUGAAUUUCUAUCUUAGCACUUAGUAUUUUGCUAUGUGAACUGUGGUCUUUUUUGCCAACAAUGUGUACAGCUAUUUAACUGUUGGUAUUUGUGGUAAAUACUACCGUGAACCUGUGAUGGCUUAUAUACUUAUUAUUAUCAUCGCUGUUGGUUCUUAUAUUA